GUGGCGGCCGGGCGGCGCCGCGAUGUUCGUGGCGCGCAGCAUCGCGGCGGAUCACCGCGACCUCAUCCACGAUGUCUCCUUCGAUUUCCACGGGCGGCGCAUGGCCACCUGCUCCAGCGACCAGAGCGUCAAGGUCUGGGACAAAAGUGAAAAUGGGGAUUGGCAUUGCACUGCAAGCUGGAAGACACACAGCGGCUCUGUGUGGCGUGUGACGUGGGCCCAUCCUGAGUUCGGGCAGGUCCUGGCCUCCUGCUCUUUUGAUAGAACAGCAGCUGUGUGGGAAGAAAUAGUGGGAGAAUCCAAUGAUAAACUCCGAGGCCAGAGUCACUGGGUAAAGAGGACCACUCUGGUAGACAGUAGGACAUCUGUUACAGAUGUGAAGUUUGCUCCCAAGCAUAUGGGUCUUAUGUUAGCAACUUGCUCAGCAGAUGGCGUUGUAAGGAUUUAUGAAGCCCCAGAUGUGAUGAAUCUCAGUCAGUGGUCACUGCAGCAUGAAAUCUCAUGUAAGCUAAGCUGCAGUUGCAUUUCGUGGAAUCCUUCUAGCUCCAGAGCACAUUCUCCAAUGAUAGCUGUAGGAAGUGAUGACAACAGUCCAAAUAUAUUGGCUAAAGUUCAAAUUUAUGAAUACAAUGAAAAUACCAGGAAAUAUGCAAAAGCAGAAGCUCUGAUGACAGUCACAGAUCCUGUGCACGAUAUUGCAUUUGCUCCAAAUCUGGGAAGAUCCUUUCACAUCUUAGCUGUGGCAACCAAAGAUGUACGAAUUUUCACACUAAAACCUCUAAGGAAAGAAUUGACUUCAUCUGGAGGAUUAACAAAAUUUGAAAUUCAUAUCGUGGCUCAGUUUGACAAUCACAAUUCCCAGGUGUGGCGAGUCAGCUGGAACAUCACGGGCACAGUGCUGGCCUCCUCCGGCGAUGACGGCUGUGUUAGGCUUUGGAAGGCUAAUUACAUGGACAACUGGAAGUGCACUGGUAUACUGAAAGGUAAUGGGAGUCCAGUCAAUGGUAGUUCCCAGCAGGGAAUUUUUAACGCCUCUCUAGGUUCAGCCAAUACAAGCCUACAGAAUUCACUAAAUGGAUCAUCUGCCAGCAGAAAGCAGAGCUGAUACCAAGCUAACUGGAGUAACUUUGAUGUUUUGCUGCUUGUUGCAUGCACACAGGAAUGGAAAAUGAACUCCUUUUUCCCCUCCCCAACGCCGUUUGACCUCUCCCAAGACACCAGCAGCCUGCUAACUACUAAACGCUAUUCAAAAAACCUUUUUAAACUACGUUGUGUACUUUUUUUGUACUAGGCCGCACAGUUUGAUACUGUUGAAACUCCUGAUAGAAAAAAUACUAGGAGAGGCUUUUUGUUUAAAAAAAAAAAAAAUCAAAAGAAAAAAAACUUGCAUCAGAGCAGUUUCUUAAAAUAACUUGUCGAGUGAGCCAGUUCUUGAGCAAAACUGAAAAUCUUGUCCUUGGUUGGGAUGGGAGGAGGGAAGUGACCAUUAAAGUAGCUUUCAUGAAAAUUGUUUUGAUAACUGCUGUGUUUUACAUUUCAUAGUGUUUAACACUUGACUGAGAUUCCUUAACAUCACGAGUUUGUAACUGCUUUGUAAUAUAUGCAACUGUUAGUUUUAAAGGAAAAAUUGUGCUUUGACAAUUGUACAGAUGGUAGCUUUUGAUAGUUUGGUAUUUCUUCGUUUAUAACUUAGUAUGACUUAAAAUAUGUUUUUUGUAAGUACUAUCAAGCUUGCUUCAUCCUGACUGGGACGCAUAUGUUUUCUGAUGUGUUUGUAUGUUCCUAUGGCAAUGAUUCCAUGCGUAACUAAAAUUCUGAGCGUACUGUCCUAAAUAAUGCAAACGUUUGAGCCAUAUGAAAGUUGAAACCAAAAUGCAGCAUGUUGUGGAUUGUCCGUAAUUUCACAAGUGUACAGCUGUUCUUUUAGGCAAGUCCACAGAACUGUAAACAAUAUAGAUAACACCUGUAGGUAUCUAAUGUAGUUAUACUAAAACACACAAACAUUACGGGUAAGUUCUAAUAAAAAUGGCAGAAAAAUGACAUGGAGUGCUGUAAUUCUGAGUUCUGGAUUCACCAGGAAGCUGAAAUUGAUCCUGAGUAUUUUGCAGAAAUACGUAAAUAGACACAAAGAUUGUACUUCGCUGAAAGCAGUUAUCCUCUGUAAAUGUAUACUAUUCAAUUUAAACUAUUGUAAAAGCUAUACAAUGUUUUUAUGUCUAUUCUGGAAGUCCCGUGAAGUUCAUCUGAGUUAGGUGCAUAUGCAGAAAAUGUACGUACAUGGUUUUUUAAUGUAUAACUUGUGUCGCAAAUGGAGCGUUGCUGAAAGCUGUUAACAUCACAGGAAUUCUGGGAGAGUGAAAGCAUGUUCAUAGCUGUGUUAUGAAAUUCUUUUGAUUUCCAAAGCAGUUUGUUCAUUCUGCAAGAUGGGUACUACAAUUAUUAUUACAGCAUUCUUUCUAUGAUUUUCAGGGGAAAACUUUUUUUCCUUAAAGGAGAGUUUCCAGAUUUGUCUUGUUUUGAAUUACAAGCCUUGAUUUCUGCUAUUAUGUUCUAUUGGUUUUGGCAUGGAUAUACUAAAGCUUUUUUUUUGUUUGUUUUCCAGCAUGUCUUUUCUCCCCUUUGGUUCUCCUUGUAUUUACUGCCUUUCUCUUUUUUCUUGUUUUUGUUUUGUUUUGUUUUUUUGUUUUUGUUUUGGUGUUUUGUUCCUGUCUUAAUUGUUUCAGGUAUUUCUUUCCCCCUCUGGAUUCCCCACGGGCUGGAUCAAGAUGGUCCAGUCAUGCCCAGCUCCUUCCUCCUCCUCCUCUGAUAGAGCACU